GAACUCAACCAGAUCAAGGGUGAGGUUGACAGGAAACUUGCAGAAAAGGAUGAGGAGAUGGAGCAGAUCAAGAGGAACAGCCAGAGGGUGAUUGAUUCCAUGCAGAGCACUCUGGACUCUGAGGUCAGGAGCAGGAAUGAUGCCCUAAGAAUCAAGAAGAAGAUGGAGGGAGACCUCAAUGAGAUGGAAAUUCAGCUGAGCCAUGCUAACCGCCAGGCUUCUGAGUCCCAGAAACAACUAAGAAAUGUGCAGGGUCAACUCAAGGAUGCCCAACUGCAUCUUGAUGAUGCUGUCAGAGGACAAGAAGGGAAGGAGCAGGUUGCCAUGGUGGCUUUUAGGAACACCCUGAUGGUGGCUGAGAUUGAGGAGCUCAGAGCUGCCCUGGAGCAGACAGAGAGAGGCCGCAAAGUGGCUGAACAGGAGCUGGUUGAUGCCAGUGAGCGUGUUGGCCUUCUGCACUCUCAGAACACAAGUCUGAUUAACACCAAGAAGAAGCUUGAGGCUGACCUGGUUCAGGUCCAAAGUGAGGUUGAUGACAUCGUCCAGGAGGCUAGAAAUGCUGAGGACAAGGCCAAGAAAGCCAUCACUGAUGCUGCCAUGAUGGCAGAGGAGCUGAAGAAGGAGCAGGACACCAGUUCUCAUCUGGAGAGGAUGAAGAAGAACCUGGAGGUCACUGUGAAGGAUCUGCAGCACCGCCUGGAUGAGGCUGAGAAUCUGGCCAUGAAGGGUGGCAAGAAACAACUCCAGAAACUGGAGUCCAGGGUUCGUGAGCUGGAAGCUGAGGUUGAGAAUGAACAACGACGUGGUGUUGAUGCUGUCAAGGGAGUCCGCAAAUACGAGAGGAGGGUGAAGGAACUCACCUACCAGACUGAGGAGGACAAGAAGAAUGUCACCAGACUGCAAGACCUGGUUGACAAGUUGCAGCUGAAGGUCAAAGCCUACAAGAGGCAGGCUGAGGAAGCUGAGGAGCAAGCCAACGGCUACCUGUCCAAGUUCAGGAAGGUUCAGCAUGAGCUAGAGGAGGCUGAGGAGCGUGCUGACAUUGCUGAAUCCCAGGUCAACAAGUUGAGAGCAAAGAGCCGUGAUUCUGGAAAGGGCAAGGAGGCUGCAGAGUAAAUCCUGUGAAAUCUUCUGCCUUGUCACUCAGCUGGAUUAAUAUCCUGAUUACUGUGGCUAUUUUGUAACUACUACAUAAUAAAUGUAUCUUCAUUAUUCUGUA